CUCUGUUCUCUCCUUCCUACCUUCCUCGCCCUCUUCCCCUCCUCGGUGGGAAAGGAGGACCGAGCGGCCUCCAGGGCACAGCGACGGUGGCCCUGACCCUUUGGCGGCUGUCCGCCGGUGGGCGGAGCUCGGGCGGGCUCUGGGGGAGGGCCCUGGGAAGGGGUGGGGCCGGCGGAGUGUUGCCGUUGCCGCGGCCGCCUCAGCAGCGGGAAGCGAGGCCCUUGCCUGGGGUGGCCGGCCCCUCGCGCGUGGCUCACGCGGGCCCGUAGCCAUGGAGGACUUCAUCGUGAUCUCCGACGACAGCGGCUCCGAAAGCUCGGCAGGGACCCGCUCGGGCCGGGCGCGGAGGCUGCGCCGGGCCCUGUCGCGGACCCCCGGUGCGCUGCCCCGCCGGACAGUGGACUUCAUUGACUUAACUAAAGAAACAAGAACGAGGACAAAAGACCACAACGGACUCUGUGUGAUUGACCUGACGAGAAGUGAGGAAGAAAAUCGACCUGUUGCCACUCUUGAUUUGACUUUAGAACCUGUCACUUCCUCCCAGAAGGAACCAAACAAUCUUCAGACAUGUACCAGCUUUUCAGGCAAAGAGAUGAUGGAAGCCCACAUAGACAGAAGUUCUCGGCCGACACAGAGAAUCAUUAACAGUGAUCCUGUAGAUUUAGAUUUGUUGGAAGAAACCAUGUUUGAAGGUCGUCAACUUACAUCUAUCAGUCAGGACUCUGUAUACCCACCAGAGCCAAACUGUAGCUCAACCACAUACAAAGGUGACCUCAGCUUCUUGGCAAGUCUACAGCUCUCAUCAGAUGUUAGUUCCUUCUCUCCAACAAGCAAUAAUGGUAGCAGCAGCAAUCAGAGGACACCUUUUCCAUGCUCCCGACAAGAUGUGCCUUGCCAACCACAAGGCUUGCCAUGCCCUCUACAAGCUUUACCAUACCCACUAAGAGUUUCACCAUGUCCACCACGAGCCUCCUCAUGCCCACCACGAGCCUUGUCAUGCCCAUCACAAACUGUGCAGUGCCAAAUCCAAGCUUUGCCUCAUCCACCUCAAGAAGUGCCAUGCUGUCCUCAAGAUGUGCCAUACCCGCAACAGGAUAUGCCAAGCACACCUCAAGACUUACUGUGGCAUCCUCAUCAUCCACUGAAUCCACCCCAAGACCCUCUGGGUAUACCUCAAAAUGUACCAGGCCAACCUCAGACCAUAUCACAGCCACAAGAUGUGGUACACCUGCAAGAUGUGCCACAGUCACUGAGAGAUGUACCACCAUCACUGGGAGAUGUGCCACCAUCACUGGGAGAUGUGCCACCAUCACUGGGAGAUGUGCCACUGUCCCUGAGAGAUGUGCCACUGUCACUGGGAGAUGUGCUGCAGUCUCCAGAAGAUGUGCCACAGUUACUAGGUGUGAUGCAGUCAUCAGGCAAUGUGACACAGUCACCAGGAGAUAUGAUGCAAUCACCAAGAGGUAUGACACAGUCAGCAGAUGUGCUGCAGCCACCAAGAGUUGUGCUGCGGUCACCAGACAUACUUCGGUCAUCAGGAGGUAUGAUGCAGUCACCAGGAGAUAUGCCACAGACACCUGGCAAUGCAUUGCAGUCACCAGGCAAUAUGUCACAGUCCCUGGGAGGUUUGCCGCACUUACCAGAUGUGCCACACUCACCACAAAGCUUGUUGCCCUUAACAGGAGACAGACCCAUGUCUCCCCUGGAUGAAGUACAGAAUUGUGACACUCCUAUGGAUACCUUGGCUCCAUCCUCUCCAAGUUGCCCCCCUAGCCCACAGUCUCCACAGUCUGAAAUUUCCUUAGAGAAAGUUCCCUGGCUUUCUGUCACAGAAACCCCAGCCAGAAAAGAAAAGACACUGCCAGAACAUGGCAACCUAGGGUCUGCCCAGCUACAAGCACAAAUACCACAAGUGGGAGUAUACAACAGACCUUGCCUGCAUAGACUGAAAUACUUCUUACGACCUCCAGUACAUCAUCUCUUCUUCCAGACACUAAUACCGGAUAAAGACACACGAGAGAGCAAGGGUCAAAAAUUAGAACCCAUCCCUCAUCGAAGACUAAGAAUGGUUACAAACACCAUUGAAGAAAACUUUCCUUUGGGAACACUGCAGUUUUUGAUGGACUUUGUUUCACCCCAGCAUUACCCACCCAGAGAAAUUGUGGCUCACAUCAUCCAGAAGAUCCUGCUCAGUGGCUCUGAGACUGUGGUUGUCCUUAAGGAGGCAUACAUGCUUCUGAUGAAAAUUCAACAGCUGCAUCCAGCCAACGCCAAGACCGUGGAGUGGGACUGGAAACUGCUCACCUAUGUCAUGGAGGAAGAGGGACGAACUCUGCCUGGGCGGGUCCUUUUUCUGCGCUAUGUAGUACAGACCCUGGAAGAUGACUUCCAGCAGAUCUUGAGGAGACAGCGGCAGCACCUACAGCAGUCCAUUGCAAACACUGUUCUGUCCUGUGACAAGCAGCCCCACAAUGUCAGAGAUGUUAUCAAGUGGCUGGUCAGAGCAGUAACUGAAAAUGAAUUAACUGAGCCCCAAAAUGGGAAUCAGACCUUUUCAGGAACAGGAAUCUUGAAAACCAACAGUGGUCAUCUGUCUCCCCAACCUAACCUGACCAAGAACACCAAUCAGCUGAUUGUGUGUCAACUUCAGAGGAUGUUGUCCAUAGCCGUAGAGGUGGACAGGACUCCUACCUGCAGCUCCAAUAAAAUAGCUGAGAUGAUGUUUGGGUUUGUGCUGGACAUUCCUGAGAGGAGUCAGAGGGAGAUGUUCUUUACUACCAUGGAAAGCCACCUUCUGCGUUGCAAAGUGUUAGAGAUCAUAUUCCUCCACAGCUGUGAGACACCCACCCGCCUGCCAUUGUCUCUGGCCCAGGCCCUCUAUUUUAUGAACAAUUCCACAUCACUGCUCAAGUGUCAGUCUGAUAAAACCCAGUGGCAGACUUGGGAUGAGCUGAUUGAGCAUCUGCAAUUCCUGCUGUCCAGUUAUCAACAUGUUUUAAGAGAGCACCUACGAAGUUCAGUGAUUGAUCGUAAAGACUUAAUCAUCAAGAGAAUUAAGCCUAAGCCCCAGCAAGGAGAUGACAUCACCGUGGUGGACGUGGAGAAGCAGAUCGAGGCCUUCCGCAGCCGUCUGAUCUACCUGCUGGGUGAACCUCUGGUCCCCCAGCUCCAAGACAAGGUGCAUUUGUUGAAGUUGCUGCUCUUCUAUACUGCAGACUUAAACCCCGACACAGAGCCCAUCCCACACUUCUAAGCACUGAGGACCAAGAUUACCUCCUGUCUCCAUCUACUUAGAAGCUCUGAAGUAUGAACAGUAGUUAGAAAUAUCAUAGGACCAAGCCUAUCUUAUUUAUCUGUAGGUUGUAAUAACUUUCUAAUUCUUCAGUAUAUACCUUUUUUGAUAAUCUUUAGCCUACUCAAAUAUGGCUUAAAUAUAUGAGGUGUAUAUAUUUUUUAAUAAAUUAUUUAUCUAUACUUUGGAAACAGGCAAUACUGUAUGUACUAUAUGUUUAACAUUUCCAGAUGUGAAGGAACCCCCCCUGCUGAAUCCCCCUGCUGAACAAACUCAUUAGUGUACAUGAGUAAAGGUACUGAUGGCCUGUUUCUAGAAAGACAUUAGUUCUUCCCAAAUAGAGCACAUUCCAUAUUAGACCCUUUAUACUGCCUAUGACUUUGUGGCCAGUUAAGAGCCAAUGUAACAAAGUGGGGCAUAGAAAGGUGCAUUAUAAAAUACUUGCUGUCAAAAGAUACAAGAAAAAGGCACCAGAUUUACUAUGCCUAGCUCCAUGACUGUGCAGGCUGAUCAGCUGUUCUUAAUAGAACAAAAGAUACCCACAUUUGAGAAAGUAGUAAGGAUUUUUAUUGUCAAUACAAGAGAUAACACAAAUAAAUUAACUUUUACAACAAUUUUAGACUCCAGGGGUUCUCUGUGAGGUGGUUAGCUCAUUAUGUAAACAAAAUACUAUCCCAAACAAAACCCAGUAAGCAUUGGAGACAGUGUUCAAGAUACGGAGCCUGUGCACAGUAAGGAGAAAUAAAAAGGCAUUUUCUUCCCCUCUUUCCCCAGGAAAAUGUGUUACAUAAAGUAUGAGGCUCAUUUGAUGGAAAAUACUUUCAUUAUAGAAAUUUUUUGUAUUUUUCCUCCUCCCCCAACAACAGCAACAAAAAAAAUUGCAGGCUAUGACUCAGACGAAGAAAUCAAAAUAAGGUGACAUGAAUUUCAUGUGAACCUCAAGUCUAUCUCAACUGUAUCUACCAUCUUCUUUAGUCUA